CGUUGAUUAUUUUUGUAAGAAUGACACUGAUUGGACCAUUAACUGGGCCAAUCGCGACUGCCGAGUCUUCCCGGCAUAUGGCUACGUUGAGUUCACUUUUAUUGAAGUGUAGUAGAAAGGUUUAUUUCAAUCUUUUGCGAGGAAAAGCCGAAGACUUUCGGUCAUUAAAUAUGCCAAAAUCACGUCGAAGGCGCAGAUCUCCUAGUCGAGAUUCUCCUUAUGAUGAUGACGCAUAUGGAUAUUGCAAAUCAAAAAGAAGAAAAGCCACUAGAGAUUAUGAUUAUCAGAAGCAUUCCAGAAGUCCUGAUCGAAGAAGAAGACGGCACCAUCAUCAUUAUCAUCAUCAUCGUGACAGGGCCCAUUCUGAUGAAAAUUCCUAUAGUCCAGAUCGUACAAAUUAUUCAAGUCGCCACAGCUACCAUGAUUCUGAUCACAGCAGUCAUUACCAUUCACACGAAAGCAGUGGCCAUAGCAGAUCUUACAAGCGAAAGAAGUAUCGUAGAAGCUACCGGCACCAUCGGCCAUCUUACAGUUCUCAGUCAAGUCGGCAGGACCACCCUGAACUCAUUGCUGGAGCGCCCUGCAUCGAGGACGACGAAGAUGGUCACCUGAUCUAUCACCCGGGAGACGUUCUUCAGGCUCGAUAUGAAAUUAUUCAGACCCUUGGUGAAGGCACCUUUGGGAAAUGUGUUGAGGUGAAGGAUGUUGCGAGCCGACGUUCAAGAUAUUCCAGGCAACGCUCUCGUGGGCCUUUGUGUGUACGGAUGCUGGAUUGGUUCGAUUAUCAUGGGCAUAUGUGUAUAGCAUUUGAUAUGCUUGGUCUUAGUGUAUUUGAUUUUUUGAAAGACAACACUUAUUAUCCAUAUCCUCUCGAUCAAGUUCGAAAUAUCUCCUAUCAGUUGUGCUAUGCAGUAAAUUUCCUCCAUGAGAACCAGCUCACGCAUACAGACUUGAAACCAGAAAACAUACUUUUCGUUAACUCCGAUUUUGAAGUAUCAUAUAAUGCUAAAAAGAGGCGAGAUAUGCGGAGAGUAAAAAAUACAGAUAUAAGAUUAAUAGACUUUGGAUCUGCAACAUUUGAUCAUGAACACCACAGCACUAUUGUAUCAACGAGGCAUUAUAGAGCUCCUGAAGUUAUUUUGGAAUUAGGUUGGUCUCAACCCUGUGAUGUGUGGAGUAUAGGUUGUAUCAUGUUUGAGCUAUACACAGGAUACACAUUAUUUCAGACACAUGACAAUAAGGAGCAUUUGGCAAUGAUGGAACGGAUACUGGGCAGUAUACCAUAUCGGAUGGCAAAAAGAUCUCGAACAAAUUACUUCUGGCAUGGUCGCCUUGAUUGGGACUCGACUACUUCUGCUGGGAGAUAUGUAAGGGAGAACUGUAAACCACUUUAUCACUAUUUAAGAGACAAAGGGAUCCAACAUCUUCAGCUCUUUGAUCUCAUUGAAAAGAUGCUUGAGUAUGAGCCUCAUUACAGGAUAACUCUUGCGGAAACACUUGCUCACCCUUUCUUCAAACCCUUAUUAAAAGAGCAACCACAUCUAGAGCACAAGCCAUCCGUGCCGAAGGAACCAAGGAUGCUGGACCGGCGCAAAAGUUACCAGGGCAGUGAGUUAUCAUCUGAAAACCAUGGUGACCGUGACUGUGUGAAAACAAAGAGUGAGGGUCCAGGCAAAUCUGAUGUCAGCUACAGCUACUUGCCAGCGGUACAUAAUGGAGCCCAACAAUGAGGACCACGUGCUUCUGUUUGAUUUGAUUUGGAAGAUGCUACGAUAUGAUCCCCUGGCGCGAAUAACACUAAAAGAAGCUUUGAAGGAUCCAUUUUUUAAAAAGUCCUGCUUUUUGGGUGGACGUGCUAGGUCACAUAGUU